AGACACACACACACCUCCAGAAGCGUCCGAGAACAACGCGCCGGCUCGCAGGAAUACACGCACAGAUCCAACUUUUCCCGGGAAGCACCGUGAAGACAGACAGCGCCUCGGAGGCUGGAAAAGACUUUUGCGCGCUUGUGUUGGACUGUCACGCUUCUUUUAUCAUUAUUAUUAUCAGAAACACUGAUUCUGGGACACAGUUGAGAGAGAGAGAGGACGAGCGCCUGAAUUGAUGCGCGCGCUCUGCUGACACUGACUUUUGUUGAUUAUCCAGAGACUGUUUCUAGAAAGCGGCCGGUAAGAUUACUUUCUUCCUACGACUUUAUGUCUACAAAGAUGGAACAGCCUUUUUAUCAUGACGACUCUUUCCUGCCGGCCUACGGCCACUCAGAUGCAGCCAUGCACGACUACAAACUGCUAAAGCAGAAUAUGAAUUUGAACUUGACAGAGCCCUACCGCAACCUGAAAUCCCAGCUGCGGGAAGCUGACCCGUACCAGGGGGGUCACCAGGACGUGGGGUCCCUGAAGCUGGCGUCCCCCGAGCUCGAGAGGCUCAUCAUCCAGAACAGUAACGGGGUGAUCACCACUCCCACCCCGGGCCAGUACUUCUACAACCGGGGCAUCACGGAUGAGCAGGAGGGCUUCGCCGAGGGCUUCGUGAAAGCGCUGGACGAACUCCACAAGAUGAACCAGAUGGCCCCUCCCAACGUGUCGAUCGGAGCCGGUGGAGUAACGACGUGCUCGGCGGCGGCGGCCUCUAGCGUCUUCGGCUCGGCGCUGCAGCCCGAGCCCCCCAUCUACACCACGCUCAACGCGUACUGCCCCGGCACGAGCCUGUCGUCCGCGUCCAGCUACCCCACCGCCACCAUCAGCUACCUGCCGCCGCACCAGCAGAGCCACCCGCAGCCGCCCGCGCACGGCGCGCACGCCCCCUUCCAGCACGCGCUGCCGGGCUCCGGGCUGCACCCGCAGCGGCUGGUGGCGCUCAAGGAGGAGCCCCAGACCGUGCCCGACCUGCUCAGCAGCGACGGCUCGCCCCCCAUGUCCCCCAUCGACCUGGAGACCCAGGAGCGCAUCAAGGCGGAGCGCAAGCGGCUGCGGAACCGGCUGGCCGCCACCAAGUGCCGGCGGCGCAAGCUGGAGCGCAUCGCGCGGCUGGAGGAGAAGGUGAAGGUGCUGAAGAGCGACAACGUCGGCCUGUCCAACACCGCGUCCGUCCUGCGGGACCAGGUCGCGCAGCUCAAACAGAAAGUGCUCACGCACGUGAGCAGCGGCUGUCAGCUGAUGCUCACGAGCAAGAUGGAGGCGUUUUGAGGCGCGGGGACGACACUCACUGAACUCACCGAGACUGACAAGUUAAUAACACUGGAGCUCUGCAUGCGCGGCGCUGGAGCAGCGGGCGGACGCGCACGGAGCGCGCGCUCCUCUGUGCGCCGCUGAGGGGGGAGAGACUGAUUGAAAUGGUACUUUCGGAUGCUGGACACCCUCACAGGACCAUUCAACCCUCAGAAACCAGGGGCAGCAUCCGGACCGAGCACACUGAGCACCGGCGGGCUCCCUCUGGCCCGCGCGUGCUUCACUAAUGGUAGAAAAUGGGAAAGAUUGUUGUAAUACUUUGUACUUUUUUUUUGCAACUGAUAUGGUCAUGAAAUGCUGCAUUUAUUCAAUGUGUAAAUUAUUUUUAGUUUGUCCGGUUGAUCCAGACAAAACUGAUGAUGUCCAAUGUUUACAGUGUCUUUUUUUAUUUGUGAUGUGUAUUUAAGUAAAGUGUCUUAAAAAUGAA